UCCCAGCUCGCAGCAUCCUCGGGAGCAAUGGCGUCGGAUUCGGUUACCGCUCCGAUCAGCUGUUGAUCAACGGGACUGACUCCGUGUGUCCGAUCAUCCGCUGGAAGCUGCGUGCGUCCGAGCACACCGAUCAUCUGACUGACCGAUUACAGCGCGUGAGUGACGGGAGGCUGAAGUCAUGGAUGUGUUCGGCUUUCUCAAUCUAAACGAGCUCGCGCUGGGGCUGUCAAACCUCUCCAUGUUCCCCUGCUUCGACAUCGCGCAUUACAUCAUAUCAGUGAUGAGUCUGAGAGAGCAGCCAGGAGCGCUGGAGGUCUCUCAGCGGAGUCCGUUCGCCUGCUGGUUCAGUUCGAUGCUGUAUUGUUUCGGAGGAGCUGUUCUCUCAGCGCUGAUGAUGGCAGACGCUCCGGUCGCACCACUGACCAACACCAGCAACCUGCUGCUCGCCUCACUGAUGUGGUAUCUGGUGUUCUACUGUCCUCUGGAUGCCGUGUUCUCGCUGGCGUCCGUGUUCCCCGUGCGUCUGGUCUUGACGGCGAUGAAGGAAGUGACCCGCACCUGGAAGGUUCUGGGCGGAGUCACACAAGCAGGAAGGAAGUACAAAGACGGUCUGUUUGUGAUGAUCGCGGUGGGCUGGGCUAAAGGAGCCGGAGGAGGACUCUUGAGGAACUUUGAGCAGCUGGUGCGAGGCGUCUGGAGACCGGAAACCAACGAGCUCCUGAAGAUGACAUACCCGACCAAGGUGACUCUGCUGGGGUCGGUGGUGUUCUCUCUCCAGCAGUGUCACUUCCUCCCGAUCCAGACGCAUCAUCUGAUCUUCAUCUACACACUCUUCAUCGUCACCAACAAGACGCAGAUGAUGUUGUUGGGUUCCUCAUCGUAUCCGUUUUCAGCCGUGGAGACUCUGCUCUACAAGACUCUGUUUGUUCGACCUUUGACCUUUUCACCUCUGACCGACCCGACCCCGAGCCGCUGUUCUUCCCCGAACCACAACAAACCGAAAGCAAAAGACCAGAAACCCAGCGACACCAACGAACCGGACCAAACCAAGCCCAAAGACACAGAAACCAGCAAAAAGAUGGACUGAGUCCUCACGAGGACGAGCCACACACUGAUGAUGCUUUUAAACACACACAUGCUUUUUAUCCGAAUAUCUUGAUAUGUACAUAUUUGCUGUUCUGAGCUACUCUUUUCUAUCCUGUAAUGGUGAGGAUAAUAUAUUUUACUAUAAUUUAUAAUGCACUUGUGAAUGCAAUCACUGAAAGUGGAGUGCUGAAACCUGUUUAAGAUGUUUUGAUGCUGAAAUGAUUGAAUAUAAUUCACUCGCUCUGA